GUACUGCCCCAGUUGGAGGACUAACUAUUGUCUUGAAAAACAUGUCAAGGACAAAAUAAAACUGCAAGUUAACAGCCGCAGCCUUCACAGAUUUGCACAUACAUUGAAUACGAAUUUAAAUAAUGUCUUCCAUCAGUGAACUGGGCCUGCUCCCUUCAGACCAGUUCCUCUGCUCCAUUUGUUCAAACAUCUUCACUGAGCCGGUAACUACUCCGUGUGGACACAGCUUCUGUAAGUCCUGCCUCAGUCUCCAAUGGGGCGAAAGCCACUUGUGCCAGUGCCCCACGUGUAACAAAAGAUUCUGUGCCCCCCCUGAAAUGAGCACCAACUCAGUCCUGGAAGAGGUGUCUGUCCAGCUAAAACGGAGACGAGUCGAGAUUCUGGAAGUUGUAGAUGGAUCGCUUCCAGUUGACUGUGAUGUAUGCACGGGGAAAGCCUUAAGAGCGGUGAAAUCCUGUUUGGAUUGUCAGGAAUCAUACUGCUCUGUGCAUUUAGAGGCCCAUCACAUAUUCCCAGCACUGAUGAGACACAAGCUCAUCGACGCUGUGGACAACAUGAAAGAGAGAGUUUGUCCCAUUCAUGAGAAAGUGUUGGAUUUGUAUUGUCGUGAAGAUGAAGUCAGCAUCUGCAGACUCUGCCUGGACAGGGACCACAACAUGCACGUCGUCGUGUCUAUGGAGGAGGAAGGAGCACAGCAGAAGGAAAAUAUUGAUUCUUUGAUGCACCAAACCCAAAUGGUGAUUGCCGGGAGAGUUGACAAAAUACAGGAGUUUUAUGACUCUUCAGUGAAAAGAAAAGAGAUGGCCAAGAAGGUGAACCAAAGCAUGGAUGCCAUAAUGGACAUAUUCAAGAGAGACAUGAAAAAGGCUCAAACCAAAGUAAAAACAAGUGUUCAGGAAAAACACACAAAGUACGAGGAACGAGUGGAGGGAAUUAUCAAAGAGUUGGAAGAAGACCUAGAAAAACUGCGGCAUAAACAUUCAGACCUUGAAGAGCUGAGGCAAAAGGAAGACCCACUAUAUGUACUGCAGACGCUGCAGAGAAUGAGCAGCCUGUCUGAGAUGAAGGACUGGACUGACGUGGUGCCCUGCUCAGAUCUUUGUGUGGACACUGUGAGAGUCGCUGUGGCUAAACUCGUGUACAAAUUUCACUCUAUUCUCAAAAUCCUGACAGAAGAAGAGAUCACCAAAAUGAAGCAAUACAAAGAGUCAUUAACCUUUGACCCUAACACUGCUGGCCGCUGUAUUUUUGUGUACUACUGUGACAAACGCAUCAAGUAUCACAAGUACCCUACCCAAUCGGUACCAGACAGCCCCCUUAGGUUUAUCCCACCGAGGGUCUUUGCAUCUCAGGGCUUCACCUCCGGACGCCAUUACUGGGAGGUCCAGGUCGGCCUCAGAAGCAACUGGAACGUUGGUGUCGCCAAAGAAACAGUAUCCAGGGACUCUGACAUUAUUGCAACAGCAACACCCGGCAAUGGAUUUUACGUGAUCAAAAAAGAUGGUCUUACUUAUAGCGCAAACUGUGUACCGUCCAAAGUUCUCAAUUUGGCCCCAAGACCAGACAUAAUUGGAGUGUUUUUGGACUACGAAGAUGGGAGAUUGUCUUUCUAUGAUGUCAACCGAAAAGUACAUAUUUAUUCUUUUAUGGGAGAGAAGUUUAUGGAAAAGCUGUACCCAUAUUUUUACUUGUACAGCAGAGGAAAGAAGUCUGAACCAAUGGAAUUGUGCACCAUCUAUAAGUGCAAAGAUUCAUUCAGUGAUGUUUUUUUCAAAAUGGAGGAAAAAGAGAAACAGGAAAUCUCCCCCAGUGUGAGCAGAGAACAAGCAGGGCCCUCUCAACCUGUACCAAAGCUAGAUUAGGAAGGUAGAGGUAGGCCUGUCAUGAUAUCACACUUAUAUAAAUAUAGGAGAUAAUACUGAAACAAAUUUAUGCCACAGAGACAAUAACCCAAGACCAGAGUUAAACCACAAGAAGUAUUCUAAAUCUACAAUAUUGUUAAAACCCAGGAGCUGCAAUAAGUAAACAGCAGACUGAAACUCUUUAGUACGUAGUUUGCAUCUGUAAUGAGUCAUGGAAGUUAUUAAUUCAUCAUAUAUAUAUACAUACAUAUAUAUAUAUAUAUAUAU